AUGAUGACAACUUCGGACAAGGAAAAAUGGAAAGAAAUACAUUUUUUAAUAAGAUUUAAUUAUCCAUUUAAUCGAUUUUUACUGCUUCAUUAUCAGGAAAUAUUUCUCAAAGGCUCGCGCACUCAUGAAAUUUAUAACAAAUUUAACAAAGACACCUCCAAUAAUGCGAUUGAAUGCUGCAAAAAAUUUGAACAAACCCAGGAAUCACAAAAUAAUAAAAAAUAUACAUUAUGCAAAAAAAUUGCAAAUGGUUUAAAAAUUUUGUCUGGUAUACAUUAUAGUGAAGCGCGUAUUUUUAGUUGUUUACAUUAUAAAUAUUGGAUAAAUAAUGCAAUUUUAAAUUUUUUUUGCACCAGUGAAGAAUUAUGCAAUGCAUCUGAGCUUAGUAUGUUUUCAAAAGUUCAGGAAUGUGUUAUUAAUGCGACAAAUGAUAAUGGUUGUGAAUAUGAUUUUAAAAACUUAAAUUGGAACUAUGUUAAAAGAAUGAAUGAUCAGAAAUUCUUAAAUGAUUAUUUCAGUAAUUAUGAUAUCAUUAAGAAAAAUUUAAGUAAUGAAUCUAGCAAUAAGCAGGAAUGGAAGGAUUAUCUAAAUUACAUUAUAGACUUGUGUGGUAGAUAUAAUGAACAAUGUUUACAUGAUGUUGAUUAUUGGGAUAGUGAUUGCCCAAAUUAUUUUAAACGUCAAGAUGAGUAUGAUCCAAAAAAAUUACUUUCACAUUUAGAAUGCGAAAAAAUUCAAGGGUCACAAUGUGAAAAAGGAAAAAUGGAUUCUACUGAAUCUUCCAAUAAAAAAAUAAUAACUUUUUAUUAUCUUAAAUGCAAAAAUAGGUAUGAGGGGAAGCCUAUAUUAUGUGAGUUAGUCCCGGCAACUAUGGAAUAUACUGAUGAUAAAGAUGAAAGUAAAGCUAUUGACAUGAAAGCGUUAGAUCUGCAUACAACAUUAAGUAAUGCAUCAGGAGGGGAAACAAUCAGAGGACAAAGUUCAGAAGGAGGGAAACAAAAACAUGAUGUCACUUCAGGUUUACAAAAUAUCGAUGAAGAAAAUUAUAAAAAUUUAAAAGAAGCAGAUGGUAAAACACCGUAUUUAGUAUUAAGUAAUGAUGGAAUUAAAUGGAAAAUACAUGAUAAUGAAACAUUGGAUUGUAGAAACUACCCAUACAAUGAUACUUAUGGACUGUGUAAACGCUUAAGAGAAUUACGUGAUGAAGGAAAAUAUAAAUUAAAUCCUAAUCCUAACAUGGAACAAGCAAGAAGUGUCUUUGAAACAUCAUAUGAAAAUACAGAAGGGGGAUAUGAUUCACCAAAUGCAGGAUCACACAACAAAGAUGGAAAUGAAGCAUCUCAUUUUAAUACUUCAGAUUACUUUUAUAUUUUAUUAAAAACUAUGCCAUUUCGCGUAGGAGUUUUAAUCAUUUUAAUGUUAGGAUUUUUUUUCGUUUUUUUUGUUUAUUAUAAAUUUACUCCAGUUGGCGCAUGGGUAAGAAGUAAAACAGGGGUGAAAAAUAAAAUAUAUCACAAUUAUAAUGGAAAAAAAUCACAGUAUCCACCUCGGGGUGGUAAAAAAGCAAAGAAUACGAGUUCGAAAGGAAAAAGAAUACAAAUUGCAUAUCAGAAUAAGUGA